UAAGACACGUAUUUCAGACGAAGCAAGUACGUUCGAUGAUGGCCGCCGCCGGUCCACCUUAUGAUGGACUGAAACGCAUGCUACAGUCCGCUGUACAAUCUGUUCAAUGGACCUACACUAUUUUCUGGAAAUUUUGUCCUCAAGGACGGGUUUUAGUUUGGGGAGAUGGAUACUAUAAUGGAGCGAUAAAGACCAGGAAGACGGUGCAGUCUGUGGAAGUUAGUACGGAGGAGGCUGCGUUGAGUAGAAGCGAGCAGCUCAGAGAGCUUUACGAUUCGUUGGAGACAGGUGAUCAUCAGGUGACGGACAACCAGCAGCAGCCGCCGAUACGUCGUCCGUCGGUGGCAUUGUCACCGGAGGAUCUGACGGAAUCUGAAUGGUUUUACCUCAUGUGUGUCUCAUUCUCUUUCCCUCCCGGCGUCGGAUUAGUCGGAGAAGCAUACGCGAAACAGCAACAGCUAUGGCUCACAGGUGCAAAUGAAGUCGAUAGUAAAGUUUUCACCAGAGCUAUCCUUGCCAAGAGUGCUCAUAUACAGACUGUGGUAUGCAUCCCUCUACUUAAUGGAGUCGUGGAACUUGGAACAACUGAAAAGGUAGAGGAGGCCGUUGAAUUCGUUCGACAUGUGAAAACUUUCUUCACGGUGGACAACGACAACCAUCGAAUCCUCCCACCACCGCCUAAACCCGCCCUUUCCGCCCAUUCUUCCAACACCGCCCUUUCAACUCAUCAAAUUCCAGCUACAAUCAACCUUCCAGAAAAUGGGUAUUCGAUGGAUGAAGAUGAUGUUGAGAAUGAUGAUGAAGAUGAGGAGGAGGAUGACGAUGAAGAAGAAGAAAAUGGGUCGGACUUUGAGGCAGAAACGGGUCAUCUUUCUGAAGGUGGUCAUGAUGAGGAUAAAAGUGGCAUGGCUGCAGCCGUGGAGGACGUCAAUGAGCUACUGGAAGUUGAUAUGUCUGAAGAUAUUAGGUUCGGAUCACCCAAUGAUGGCUCCAGCCAUUUUGAUUCGGGUUUUCAGUUGUUACCGAGGAGCCAAGCCGAUUCAUGUAGAGCCGAGUCACCCCCUAGAUGGUCAGAUAGUUUGGAGCUGCACCAAUUGCAUGCAUCAGCAGAGCCAGAGGACGAUCACUACUCCCGUACAGUUUCAACCAUCCUCCACAACCAAUUGCGUCGAUGGUCCGACGACUCACAAUCAGCUGCAUCAGGCCGCAACUCACUACUCUACACCACCCAAUCAUCCUUCACCAUGUGGACAUCAACCCAUCAUCCCAAAACAACCCCCUCCAACUCCCAAUGGCUCCUCAAGUACAUGCUCUACACCGUACCUUUCCUUCACACUAAGAGCAAAUCCUUGGAUUCCGUACCCAAAACGAUGACGUCGCAUGAAGAACUCAUGAGCGCUAACCAUGUGCUGGCGGAACGACGUCGUAGAGAGAAGCUAAGCGAGCGGUUCAUCAUCCUGAGAUCGCUGGUACCAUUGGUGACUAAAAUGGAUAAGGCGUCCAUUCUGGGGGACACCAUCGAGUACGUGAAGCAGCUGAGAAAGAAGAUUCAAGAUCUGGAGGCCUUGGAUCAUAGCAGCUCCAAGAUGAGGAAGAUCAGGGUGGCGGAAGGCAGCGGAGGGAGGACGGCGGUGGCGGUUCAAGUGGAGGUGUCGAUAAUCGAGAGUGAUGCGUUGGUGGAGAUCCAAUGUUUGCAUAGAGAGGGAUUGUUGUUGGAUGUGAUGAAGAAGCUAAGGGAACUCGGAGUCGAAAUCACCACCGUCCAAUCGUGCGUAAACGGUGGGAUGUGUAUGGCGGAGAUGAGAGCUAAGGUGAAGGCGAAGGGUAAUAACGGAAAGAAAAUUAGCAUAAUGCAGGUAAAGAAAGCCAUUGGUCAAAUAGUAUCACCCUCCUUGUACUAA